GCGUCCCCGUGCCAGGCAUGCCCGGCGCUACCCAGGGCCCGGUGCCCGUUCUCCGGAUGUUUGGCGUCACCGCAGCCGGGAACAGCGUCUGUUGCCAUAUCCACGGCUUCGCCCCCUACUUCUACGUGCCCGCCCCGGCUGGCUUCCAGCCCCAGCACCUGAGCGACUUCCAGCGGGAGCUGAACGGGGCCGUGCUGCGGGACCUGCGCUCCAACCGGGAGGGGCUGAGCCGGGCCGUGCUGGCCGUGGAGAUGUGCAGCAAGGAGA